AUUUUUUUCAAAAACGAUCGUUAUUCGUUUUCUGCUAUAUCCCUGAAUAUAUGCUACAAAUAUCCUCUAUCCUAGAGUUGCAUUUAUAUAUAUCCUAUCCUUGAACAUAUGCUACAAAUAUCCUGUAUCCCGGAGUUGCAAAUAGCCUAGAUCCCUGAACACAUGUUACAAAUAUCCAGUAUCUCUGAGUUACGUAUAUUCUUUACCCUGAAUAGAUGCUACAAAUAUCCUGUAUCCCUGAGUUAUGUAUAUCCUAUCCCUGAAUAUAUGCUACAAAUGUCCUGUAUCUCGGAGUUGCGUUGUCAUAUAUCCCUAAACACAUGUUACACAUAUCCUGUAACCUAGAGUUGCAUAUAUCCUAUAUCCUUGAAUAUAUGCUACAAAUAUCCUGUAUCCCAGAGUUGCGAAUAUCCUAUAUCCCUGAACAUGUUUUACAAAUAUCCAGUAUCUCUGAGUUACGUAUAUCCUUUACCCUGAAUAGAUGCUACACAUAUCGUGUAUCCCGGAGUUACGUAUAUCCUAUAUCCCUAAAUAUAUGCUACAUAUAUCCUGUAUCCCUUAGUUGCAUAUAAAUAUAUCCUAUGUCUUAGAACAUAUGCUACAAAUAUCCUAUAUCCCGGAGUUGCAUAUAUCCUAUAUCCCUGAAUAUAUUAUACGUACGUGUAUCCUGAAGUAGCCUCCUCUCACCUCCUCCUCCCAUACCGAGGUUGCUUUAGAUAAUUCCACACCUGGAACUUCCAGUCUUCUUCCAAUCCUCUUAGUUUAGAUACACAUACACAACCACUAGAGCAGAUGUAAUACAGUUCAUUAAACUCUUCAGCUCUGUAGAAUACUCUCUUAGAUUUCGUAGGAAUCUACAUCUGGUCAGCAAUUCCAUUCACUGAGCUAUGGUUUAGUCUGAAAUCUGAUAAAGAUCAAAUACUAACCAUGUAACUUCACUUUUUCCUAAGCAUUAGCAACCCAACAACAAUGGAGUUUAUGGUCUUAAAUGAGGUGAGGUCUCCCUCAAGAAUUUCUGAGAAGCGGAAAUACUUAGUACGGCAGAAAGCUACUGAAGAAAACACUCCCAAUACAUUCACACGGGAAACCUUAUCCCUGUCCCCUUCCAACUGUAAAGUAUCAUCAGUAUUCUCAUUUCGUUCAGAAACUGAGGCACCAAGAAACAACCGUCCGUUGCUGUCUCAUAGCUAUAGAACCCUUUCUGCUGAUUACCGGCCACCAGAAGCUCGACUAAGUGUCCAACGACAGAAAACGGCUGACUCAGCACCAAGUCGAGUUAGCAGCAGAGGAUCCUCACGUCAACAUUCUCUUAGCCAGGGGCAUAGUCGGGUUACUCUCAUUAGAGGAGAAUCCUGCUCCUUGGUUGAUAUCCCAACCUACCUGGGAAGCUCUGUUGAACUUGGACAGCUUGGUAGUCUAAGAAAUCCUCCAAUCCAGCUUGUGUUUGCUUCCACCAGACCAAGACUAAGAAUAGAUUUGACCAAGAAGAAGCCAGAAAAGUCGGCAAAGAAGACACAGUGGACAGUUCUGUGUGUGGCUGUGGCUAUGAUGACAAUGUGCGUAAUGUUGGUCGGUACAAUGCUCUCCAUAACAUCAGAAUAUCAGGACAAGAAAGUGUCAGACAUGAUAAUGAAAAAUCAGCCAGAAAUAUCAGAGAAACGGAAUUUACGCUAUCAUCAGAAUAGGCACUCGACCCUAAGACCGGAGUCAAGCAGUUCUGAAACUGGUUACAGAGAAACCACCGUUUCAUCAAUGCUGCCCAAUAUCAAAUAUUCAGACAUUGAUGUUAUUAGAUUUAAAGCAGUAUAUACAUAGCGGUGUUUAGAUAAUUUGCCAAACAUCGGACGUCCAAGAUCUGAUGAAGUAAGUUCCGUAUUAUCUAGCAUUAACAGGAACUUAUUGCACUGGCUCUUUACAAUCAAAACUUUAUCUCAGAUCUUAAUUCCAUGAACGUUUUCAAUUUUCAAUUCAAAUUACUAUCGACAAAUAUCUUUUUCUGUUUCUGUUUUAUGAAAUAAUGGCAUCCUGUUGUCUUUAUUUUUAACUUGAUCAGAUAAAGGUAUAUUUCUGUUUCUGUUUUAUGAAAUAAUGGCAUCCUGUUGUCUUUAUUUUUAACUUGAUCAGAUAAAGGUAUAUUUGUGUUCGCUCAUAAAUCAAAGUUUUUUAAAAUUUUGCCCCUGAAUAAAAUAUUUGUCUAUUUCAUUGAUAAUCAUUUUGAUAAAAGUAUAUCAUAAAAUUCGCCACUGUGAUCAGUAUAAUUGUAAUAUAAAUAGAUAUUUAAAUUGUACCAACGUUUUUAACUAAUAUGUUUAAUAAAAAUACAUAAUUGGA